AUGUUUUCAGAUCGCAAGAUGGAGAUACCUCAAGAGCGAAUUGAGAAAGUGCUGAGUUUUGCUGAGGACCGUCGAAAGGCUGAGAAUUUUUACGACGAAAACCGGGCAAGCUCGUCCGAAAUCCAGACGUACGAGAGAAAGUUGGAUAAUACGCUCAGAGAGCUCCAGGAGCGGGUCAAGCAGCAGGAAGAAGAUUUGCGCAAGCUUCGUGCCGCCAAUGCCAAUGGCAUCUCCGAAAUAGGUACAGAUCCUUCAUCUCGCAUUGCACAAAUACGACGAGCGACGAAGGCUUACAACUCGCUUCUGAAAUCGGAGUCAAACCUGCCGACGCCAGAAUCGCCACUACCAUCCCUAAUUGCACUUGAGGAGACAUCGCGCAUAAUCGAUGAAAGUAAAGUCUCGGUUUUAGCAACAGCGGAGAAUCUUGCGAGUGUGCGACAACGUUUGAAGACCGAGGAAAAGAACUUACACGAUGCGCAAGCGAUAAGUGAUGGGUUACGAAGAAGAAUAGACAAUAUACGGAAAGACAAGUCAGCGAGCCAUGAGAAACUGCCCUCUGAAGUUGCGCGAGAAUGUCUGGAAGAACGACGACGGAAGAAAGACGACCUCGACAAAGACACGGUGCGCAUCAGGGCUGCACUACAUAGUUUCUGUGAUGAAACCCUUGCGUCGCUAGUAGCAGCGGAAGAUUUGGGAGGCCCGGCAGUUGGAGAUGUAGCUGAGGUUUCUGAAGCUACAUUGGCCGCUGGGUACACACGCCAUGGUAAACCGAAAAAACCGAAAGCCGCAGAAGAGGACAAUCAUGACAACAGUCAGCAUCGGAUUGAUGAUAUGCUUCGUCGCCAGACCGGACAGCAGAGCAACCAGCCAUCAAGUAGGAAAGAAGUUGCAGCGACUGAAAUACACGAACUACUCGAUGCUCUACUAGAGGCAGGUUUUUAG